AUGAUCCCCGGGCAGGGGCCGGUGCUGCAGGCGGUGCUGGGAACGCUGCUCACCUGGGGGCUGACAGCAGCUGGCUCUGCACUGGUCUUUGUGUUUUCCAGUGGGCAGAGGCGGAUCCUGGAUGGCAGCUUGGGCUUCGCUGCGGGGGUCAUGCUGGCUGCUUCCUACUGGUCCCUGCUGGCCCCGGCCAUCGACAUGGCCGAGGAGUCCGGCGGCUUUGGAGCCUUCGCCUUUGUGCCGGUGGCCGUGGGCUUUGCCCUGGGAGCAGCUUUUGUGUACUUGGCUGACCUGCUCAUCCCAGCACUGGGUUUCAGUGGAGCUCCCCACGCAGCGUUUGCCCUGAGCUGUGACCAACGAGCAGUGAAAGAGAAAUAUGAGCAAGAACCUGCUCAUCACCUGGACCACGAGAGCGAGUUGUCCAUCCGGAUAGACAAAGGUGAGAAUGGGGAGCCCUACCAGAGGAGGAGGGGUGUGGGGACCAGCCUGCCUGACAGCCCCCCAACAUUCCCCACUGCCAGGGACAGUGCCCCCCUGGCUGGCAGCAGCAGCUGGAGGCGGAUUCUGCUGAUGAUCCUUGCUAUAACCAUCCACAACAUCCCAGAGGGUCUGGCAGUGGGAGUUGGAUUUGGAGCUAUUGGGAAAUCAGCCUCUGCGACCUUCCAAAGCGCCAGGAACUUGGCCAUCGGGAUUGGGAUUCAGAACUUCCCAGAGGGCCUGGCUGUCAGUCUCCCUCUGCGUGGGGCUGGAUUUUCCCCAUGGAAGGCGUUCUGGUACGGGCAGCUGAGUGGCAUGGUGGAGCCCGUGGCUGGUGUCCUGGGAGCCUUGGCCGUGGUGGUGGCAGAGCCUCUCCUGCCCUACGCCUUGGGCUUCGCAGCUGGAGCGAUGGUCUACGUGGUGAUGGAUGAUAUCAUCCCUGAGGCACAGACCAGUGGCAAUGGGAAGCUGGCUUCCUGGACCUCCAUACUGGGAUUUGUGGUGAUGAUGUCCCUGGACGUUGGGCUCGGGUAG